UUGCAAAGUUUCUAAUCAAACGUAUACGAAGCAUUAAUUGAAAAAUUAGUGCCUAAACAUUUUAUUAUUUUAAAUCCGGUACGGUUUACAUCUAGAUAAGUGGAUUACCAUGAAACGUUUUAUCGUCUUGCUACUACUUGUGGGCGUGGUUACAGCUUCGCCUACUCUUCAUAAGUUGAAGAAGAAAUUGUUGCUGGGAGGUGGUGGCGGAGGAGGAGGUUAUGGAGGUGGUUAUGGUGCCGGUUAUGGAGGAGGUGGUGGCGGUGGUUAUGGUGGUCAAGGCUAUAGUGGUCACGGUGGUAGCGGUGGCGGCUAUCAAGUUGUAGCUGUUAAACAAGUUCCUGUCUAUACCGUACAAAAAGUUCCCGUUAGCUAUGGAGGUGGUGGUGGCGGCAGCGGUUAUAGUGGAGGCGGUGGCCAUGGAGGCUAUGGCGGCCAAGGUGGUUAUGGAGGUCAAGGAGGUUAUGGCGGUCAAGGAGGUUAUGGCGGCCAAGGUGGCUACGGUGGUGGUGGACAAGGCGGCUAUGGCGGUGGCGGCCAAGGCACUUAUUCUUCUAGUAAUGCUGGUAGUUAUGGUAGCGGAGGUGGCGGCAGUGGUUAUGGCGGUCAUCCUGGUGCUGGCGGUGGUGGUUGCAACACCUGUGGAGGUGGUAAUCAACUGUAUGGUGGCGGUGGUGGCAGUAACAGCGGCUCUUACGCUACAGCCAGCGCUCAAGCAUCAAGUGGAAGCUAUUCUCAUGGUUGGUAAACCCACGAAUCUUUUUAAAAUUGUGUUGUUAGUGUAAGUUCUUUGUAAAAUAAAUUUUUGUAAAAAAACUAGUCUCAAAAAAUUAAAAUGAAAA